AUGGCUAAAGAAAGUGAAAACCCGUUGAAUCCGAUCACUCCAGGAAAGCCGAAAGAUCAAUCCUACCGUCACGUUUCCAAUCAACCAGAGUUUGGAAAACCCUCACCGUUAGGCGGGGGACGCCCUCAAAACCAUCAGUCCAAUCACCCUUUCAACAUCCCUAAACAGAACAGGCCUCGGCCGGAGCACCAUAGACCCCAACAACAGCAACGACCAGGUGCACCCUUCCAUGGUCACCGGCCGCCUACGACACCAGGUGUUGCAGUCUCAACUCCCAGACGCGCCGAGCCCUUUGACCCUUUUAAGCCCGUUCGCCCGUCAGCCUACAACAACUCUCGGUUUUCUCGCCCUGUCCACGAUGAUGUUGUCGCAAUCAAACGCCCGGAAAACUUCACCUUUAACACACCACGGGCCCCCAAAACCUUUUUCGCCUCGAAUGCCUCUGCAAUUAAGGUGUCGAACGCAUCGAAGAACCUUCGGAACUUUGUCGAUCUGACUGGCGAGGGCGGCUUCACGCCCAGUUCCCGAUCGCGCAAUGUUGGUUUUGGAUCAAUGGAUGUGAACGGUUAUGUUGACACAGCUAAAGCAAACGAAAAUAUCAAAGCUCUUCUGGAGGGAGCCUUUGAAGACGAAGAUGAAAAGCAAGAUUCCAAAGCAAAGAACAACAAGAAGAACAAGAACAAGAACAAGAAGAAUAAGGGUAAAAAUAAGAAGGCCGAGACACAAAUCAACAAGAAUACAGAAAGCUCCGAAAUAGAUGAUCUAGCUGCUCAAUUGCAAGGAGUUACUGUUAAUGAGCCCGGCGCUGAAGGCAAUGAUGUGAGCUGUGCAGAAACCGAGGCCGAUCGAUCCAGCGAGGAUACUACCAACAGAGAAGGAGUUGAAGAACAAACAAACAUUCAGGAUAAACACGGUGUCACCGGAGACCUUGAAUCAGAACACGAAGAUGGUGAAGAAGAAGAGGAGGAGGAGGAGGAGGAUGAAGACGAUGGCACAGUGGAGGGCUUAAAAGUCAAACUACUGCCUCAUCAACGAGAGGGAGUGAACUGGAUGCGGGACAAGGAAAUUGGCAAUAGCAAGACUAAGGGUGUGCUUCCGAAGGGUGGAAUCCUCGCAGACGACAUGGGUCUUGGAAAGACCGUUCAAGCCAUAACCUUGAUGCUCACAAACCGGAAACCCAAAGACGGGCGUCGGCGCAUUAUUGAUUCUAAAGAAGAUGAUGACAGUGACAAUGACUCCGAAGGCGAUGGAGGAAAGGAUAAUUCGAAGCUACCCCCCGGGUUGAGCAAGUCUACGUUGGUUGUUGCUCCAUUAGCGUUAAUCAAACAGUGGGAGUCCGAAAUCGCCGACAAGGUCGAGGCAUCCCAUAGACUUCGUGUAUGUGUUUACCAUGGGAAUACUCGAACAAAAGCGACAGGCAAUCUUGAAGAUUACGAUGUUGUGAUUACAACUUAUGGUACUCUGACGUCUGAGCACGGUGCCAUCGACAAAAAGAACAAGAAAUCGGGCAUCUUCUCCGUCUACUGGUACCGAAUCAUUUUGGAUGAAGCCCACACUAUUAAGAAUCGGAAUGCAAAAGCAACCCAAUCUGCUUGCGCUUUGGACGCCGAGUAUCGAUGGUGCUUAUCCGGAACUCCUAUGCAGAACAAUCUUGACGAGUUGCAAAGUUUGAUCAAGUUCCUCCGAAUCAAACCAUAUAACGAUUUAGCAGCCUGGAAAGAACAAAUUACUAAGCCUUUAGCCAAUGGGCGUGGGGCUCUCGCGAUCGAGCGUUUACAAGUUGUUCUGAAGGCUUUCAUGAAGCGGCGCACUAAGGAUGUCUUGAAGCUCAACAAUAACCCCAAACCCAACGAAGCAGCUCCCGGUGGAGGGCAGAAAAAAUCAUCUGGCUUCCACAUCGUCAAGCGAGAGGUGAUCAAGGUUUCGGCGGAGUUUACACCGGGUGAGCUGAACUUCUACAAGCGCCUCGAGCAGCGAACCGACAAUAGCCUUGAAAAGAUGAUGGGUGGCUCUAAGCUCGACUACGCUGGCGCAUUGGUACUGCUAUUGCGUCUCCGACAGUCCUGUAACCAUCCAGACUUAGUGAAAAGUGACCUUGCUAAAGAUAAAGAUAUUCUUCUGCAGAAUGGUAUCUCGGGAAGCCAACCCGCAGCCGGGAAACAGGAUGAUCUGGACAGUAUGGCAGAUCUUUUCGGUGCUCUUAGUGUUGUCUCGAAGAAGUGCGACAUCUGCCAAGCCGAGUUGGGCCAAAAGGAGACGAAAGCCGGUGCUAGCAGGUGCGGUGAGUGUGAGACAGAUCUAAACGUUAGUUUUGCCGGUAAUCACAGCGACAAGAAAAAGCGUCAUUCAGACCAAGACGUUGUGGACCUUACGGAAUCACCCUCAAAUCGGCGAUCAGAGGCUCAAGUUGCACGGUCCCGAAGAAAUAGAAAGGUAGUCGUGGAUAGCGACGAUGAAGAAGACGAUGGCGAGUGGCUCGUCCCCGAAGAUCAGCGUACGAUGCCAGAUCUUGGAAAGGCUGGGGGAUCGGAUGAUGAAGAUGCAGAAGGAGGUGGUGAUUGGAUCGGCUCAGAAGACUCUGAAACUGACUCGGACGAUGAAGGUGGCCCUGAGUCGCCAACCCGCAACCGUAUGGGUGCGAGAAAACAGGCUAAUGAAUCGGAUGAAGACGACAUCUAUCUUAAUCCUGGCGAUGAAGACAACCAGGUGCUUCCUUCAACAAAGAUCCGGCAUCUCAUGAAAAUCCUCAGGCGAGAGUCUGCAGACUACAAAUUCAUUGUAUUCUCGGUCUUUACGUCAAUGUUGGACAAGAUUGAACCGUUCCUUCAGCGCGCGGGCAUUGGAUUUGCACGUUAUGAUGGUGGCAUGCGAAAUGACUUCCGAGAGGCCAGUCUGAACAAACUGAGGAACAAUAGUGGGACAAGAGUCUUGCUUUGUAGUUUGCGAGCUGGUGCACUGGGACUGAAUCUUACGGCGGCCAGUCGGGUGGUUAUCUUGGAGCCAUUCUGGAAUCCUUUCGUUGAGGAACAAGCUAUUGAUCGUGUCCAUCGUCUAAACCAAACUGUCGAUGUCAAAAUCUACAAACUUAUCAUUAAGGAUACAGUUGAAGAGCGAAUUAUUAACCUUCAAGAGCGCAAGCGUGAGCUCGCUAAUGUCACCAUCGAGGGCAAGACUGCUGCGGCCAAGCUUACCAUGAACGACAUGAUGGCCCUCUUCGGCCGGGAUGCGGAAUCGCGCUUCACAGGGGAACGUGGCAACAUCGACCUUACACAAUCCACACGAUUAUUGAGCGCUGCCGAUGAAAACAACUCUUCAAAUUCCCAGUCCUCUGAUAAACCGAGGACGCAGGCAUCACACUCCAGCUCACGCGAUCGAAACCGGCAGCCAGAGAAACGGGCAGGGCCCAGAGGUGAAGAUUCGGUCUUCGGAAGACGGUGGUAA